AUGGCCCCACUACAUACUUGCAUCGGUGCAUGUUGCUUCACUCUUACCAAUGCCACUGCUGAUGGUGAUCUCCUGGUCGUGGUCAAUAUCAUUUGCAUGUACCUUGAGUAUGAUGCUCACUUGAGGUUGGGCACCACCGCAGAUUGUGCAACACCUGUGGGAUACGGGGAGUUUGCUUUGGCCUUUAACACCAUGCAGUCCCUUUCCUCCGCCACUCUGCGAUUCUCAGAAGGGAAAACUUACAGGCCCAAAAUCACUGGCCCCUCACCAUCACUCACUGACUUGGUUGGGGAAAAUGUGCCUGCCAAGUCCAAUCACAACCCUACUCCACCGCUUCCUGAAGGAGGACACUGGAUCAACCCUCAGCAUGUUGAGCUCCUGGAAGAGGCUCUGUGGCAGAACCUCAAAACUGCCAAAAGGAAAUGUGAGUGGUGUGAGCGCACAAUUGCAGAGCAGAAAAACAAGUAUACCCACCGACGAAUACCCCAUUAA